AUAAAAGUAAACCUGAAAAAUGACGUUUGGUGACAGUUGCGCUUUGUUAUCGUGUAGAUUAUUUUCGACCUUUUUAUAGAAAAAAUUAGUAUCAGUGUUUGCAGCCUUCAUAUGGAUAUAAGAGAUGAAGCGAAGUCAGCUAUGGAGAUCGUUAACAUCCCACCAAUUAUAUCGACGUUCCGGCAGGCUCUGCGCACCUUUGAUGACAAGUUGAAAUCAGAAUUCUCAACCAACUUGUCUAAGUUAAAAAGUAUGACGGACGCGCUAAAGGCCGAAGACCUGGGCUUCGACGAUACCCUGAGUAACCCUGAGACUUGGAACAAACCUAACAAAGCGCCUUGUACAUACAUCGAAGUGUUUCAAAAUAGUCGUAUAAACAUGAGUAUUUUUGUGUUAAGACCUGGUUUUAAGAUGCCACUACACGACCAUCCACACAUGCAUGGAUUGUUAAAAGUGAUAGCAGGCGCCGUGAACAUCAGGACUUUCUCUGAGUACCCAGUCACAGAAGCGGUAAGUUCGUUAGACUUUACAGUACGCGCCAGGUUCGAGGCGGCGAGGCUUGCCCGUGGUCUUCAAAGGAGAAGAUUAUUCGCCGAAGUUACCACUGACAGAGUCUGUAGGAGUAACGCCGAGACUUGCAUGCUCACACCAAGCAUCUCCAACUACCAUGAAAUCGAAGCUUUGGAGAUGCCAGCAGCAUUCUUCGACAUACUCUCACCACCUUAUGAUACAUUUAUUGAAGGUAUAGGUCCGAGAAGAUGUCGUUACUACCAUGUUGCUAAUGUAAUAAGCACUAAUUUAGUUGAAUUAGAAGAAAUAGAAGUGCCAAAAUGUUUCUAUUGUGAUCAAGCACCAUAUUUAGGGCCAAUAUUAGCUUAGGUACAAAUUCCAAUAGUUUGUAGGUAGCUAUUUUUAAAUUGCAAAUGAAUUGAAUUUAUUGCAGUCAGCUUGUGUAACUUUGAAUCAUAAGUACUAGAGGAAUUUACUGAGAGAUAUAAGACACAGAGGUAAAUAUGUAGGUAAUUAACUAAUAUAUACCAUCAAUGAUUAUACUAUGUAAAUUAAGAAUUCACUUAAUUAAAGUUACCCACCCAGACUGCUUCAUUUAUAUUACAAUUCACAAUGUUAUUAAACAAUUUCACAUGCACAUACUGAAUAUGUGUAAAAUUGUUAAAUUUAAAGUGCAAACAAUUUUGUGCCUUCACAUCUAUUGUAUUUAAAGAUAACAAAUAAUUAACUUGUACCUUACAUUAUGAUGUAACGAAACACCAACCACAACCUGUAUUAUAGAUAUAACACAAUAUAAUAAGUUACCAAUUAUAUAGAUGUUGUGAAGAUCAUGUUUUAAAUAUUAUAGAAUAAUUAAUAAUAGUGGUUGCUUGCAUUUGUAUAUAGGCAAUAAUUGUUAUGUUGUUCUAUUUGCAAUGAACCUUGUAUUGCAUAUUGAAUAAUCAAUAGAAUACAUACUUGUUACAUGCAAAACAUAAGUUUUACUAAUGACAUAGUAAAGAUUGUCCAUCUUAUCGAAUGCCAAUGUUUUAAUUAAGUGUAGAUUGCAUUUCUUAGUCAAUUAAAUAACCCUUAAUACACAAAUGCUUUUAUUUCUUAUUGAGAAAUAUAAUCUUAACCAAAAUGUAUAAACAUCACAAUUUAUAAAAUUAAAUAAGUACAUUUUGUAUAUGGAAUUGCACUCGGAUGGUAAAAGUAUGUGUUAACACUAUUUUUAUUCUGUUUAUACACCAAUAAAUGCCUGCUCAAUAUUAAUAGGUUUUCAAUGUAUUACAUGUAUCUAAACCUUUUAAUAUUAUUUAUAAAUAAACAAUACAUAAUUAUAUAUUUUUUUGUGAGAACAGAUCAAGGAAUCUGAUGGACGGUUGAUUUUGAAGUUGAGGUUGUUUAUUAGUUAAUUGAGUAUAAAGCAUUCUCAUUUUUGCAAAUAAAUGAAUGAAUUACAUAUUUAAUGUAAUAUUUAUUUAUUUUAUACUUAAUUGUUGAUAAACAUCACUAAUUAUAUAAUUAAAACAUGAUCUGUAAUAGCAAAUAAUAAGCAUAUUAUUUCUUUUCAUUAUUCAGCUUUAAAUUCAGUAAUAAUUAUGAGCAGCCCACAGGUCAUAUUUCAAAUGCAUUGCAAUAGUAGCCUGUAGCACAUGAAUAGUUAUAUGACGAGUUUGUUGAAACUAUUUCUCUCUUAUUCACUUAGUUUGAAUAAUGCUAUAGCUUGUUUUCAUAACACUGAUUGCUUUUACAAAUAUGUCUAAACUAUUUUACACAAGGCAAGUAUGAGAAAAUCUAUUCAGUUGUUAACUUUAGUCUGCAACCUAGUUCAUUACUUCUUUUAAGGAAAAAGCAUUGUAAAAAAGAUGAAGUGGGUCAUAUUAAUCAGGAAUGUUUUAUAAAUCUCUAGUUACGUAAAUCCACACUUAUGUAUAUGAAUGCAGCUAAAUCAUUUUGGUUAUAGCUUACUUUGCGCACGCGUAUUUUUAAUUGAAUUAUGUACAUAAGCCAAUCAAAAAACGUGCAACGUUUGAAAUUGUUAAAUGUCAAUAUUGGUAAUUUUUUUUCUAAAACAGGUUUUAAAAUAAAAGUUAAGUAUUUAAUGAACACUCUAUUUCAACUAUUAGCGUAUUAAGAUUUUAAUAACUUAAAAUUUGGUAAAAUGUCAUAUCUAUUGGAGUCUAUAGAAUCAGGUAAACAUUCCAAAAUUUUAAAUGCAUUUGCACACUAUCACAAUGAUUAGUCAUUAUCUAAUAAGAAGUUUUAGUGAAUAAAAUGUAACGAAAUUGUUAAUUUUGAUCUCCAAAAUGUUGUUUAUUGUUUAAAAAUCUUUGAUUUUUAAAUAUUAAUGUAAGUUUUAAAAACACAAUCACUAAUAAUUCAGCAAGUUUUUUUAAAGUACUGGUCAUGAGCCCUUCAUAUAUUCCGUAUUUCGUUAAUUUUCUGAAAACUGAAUUGCCAAUUUUUUAUUAAUAAAACUUGUCUUCUAUGAGUUAAAGUACUCUUGUUACUCUUUUCUAUUACUAUACCCGGACAUUGAACUAAUAGGAGGGUUAAAAAUUUAAUUCACACACACAUCAAAUAUCCAUAACAGUGAUUGUUUUAACACUAUAUAAAGAAUACACCUACUUAAUAUGAGGGUCUAAAUAUUUCCUUAGUUUAUUUGAAAUGUAUUAAAAAUUCUUGGCUUAAUAAUGGCAAUACAAACACCACGACUAUUUACACAUGAUUACUAUAAUUAUUAAGGAACCUAUUACGGCAAAGACACAUCAAAGCGUAAAAAUUAGAAGAACGCAAGUCAUCGUCAAACAUACCAGCGUAAUUUUGUAUUGCGACGUGGCGGCGCUUCGAUGUGUGUCGGCCAUUGAUUAGAAUUAAUUUCCGUCUGGAAAUAGUAUUGAUGUUUUAUUUGUUAAUAAAUAUUUUAUUUGUUA